AUGACGCUGCCGCUGGGAUUUUGCUUCCGUCCCACCGAUGAAGAGCUUAUAUUCGAGUAUUUGUUGAGGAAGGUCAGGGGAGAAGGGCUGCCUUGGGAUGGCAUCCCUGAAUUUGAUAUUUAUGGAGACAAGGCCCCCUCGCAAAUAUUUGGUGAUCUUGGUGGUCGGGAGGAGGAAAAAUAUUACCUGUUUACAAGGAUAAAGAAAUUCAGCAAACGCGUGGUCGGACACGGAUCUUCCAUGAAGAAAACCGACUGGAUUAUGCACGAAUUCUCCUUGUCGGGUGACUUGCUGGAGAGGGAGCAAGAACUGUCUAACACCUGGGUUCUAUGCACAGUUAAUAAGAAGGUAACAGAAACAAGAAGAGGCGUGAAGAGAUGUUAUGAGGAUGUUCAGAGUCCUUGCCCCAUUAGUGCCAUCACCACCGUUGAGGUUCCAACUCCAUUCCGUGAAACUCCACUACCCAAGCCACCUGAUUCAUCAGUGGAUGAAAGCAAUGAUGAGUAUUUUGCUUUUGUAUUUUGUUAG